AUGGAAGGCGCACUACACAGGCAUACCGGGAAAACAAGAGCACUCGGGCCAUCAAAGCAUAUGUUCAGCUUCGGGAAUCAAUCAGGAACCGGUGGGGCCCAGGGUAGCAGUGGACUUUUUGGGCAGGCGGCUGCGCAGCCUCAGACGGGGGCUGGGAGCGGAGGUCUUUUCGGACAGACAACAGCUAGCGGCGCGACCACAGGGACUAGCUUCGGACAGACUGGUGCAGGCGGCGCCGCUACCGGCGGAGGGCUCUUCGGGCAACAAGGCGUGUCGAACAGUGGGGGUCUAUUUGGGCAGAAUGCCGGUGGGUCUUCCGGAGGGCUCUUCGGGAGGGAUACAACUGGGACAGCGAAGCCCGGUGGGCUGUUUGGCACUCAGAGCACGGGCGGCGGCGCAUUUGGCAGUAAGCCAGCUGCCACUGGCGGGCUCUUUGGUGGUGCCGGCGGCGGUGCGCCUGGUGCCCUGUUUGGCACGCAGGCUGCGCCUCAGCCGCAGCCGUCAGCGUUACAUUCCAUUGCCCAACUUCCGAUCACCUCCAUGACGCGCAUUGGCGACUUGCCGCCCCAGGUGCGCCAGGAGAUCGAGCAGCUGGACCAGUAUAUCCAGCGCCAGGUCGCCAUAUCGCAUCACCUGCGGGCAGAAGAAGACGAGCAUCUCGAGCUGAUUAGCUCUAUUCCGCGCGACGUGCAAUUCAUCAUGAAGACAUAUUCUCUUACGACACAAUCGCUGCAGCAAGAUCUCAAGCGUAUUCAGGCCAUCAAGGCUCUCACCGACGACAACAUCCGGGACUCUGAGUGCUUCUCGCUCAUCCUGAACCAGCUGCUCACCCCCGGGACCAAGGUUUCCUCUGCAGAGCUGCAGAAGUUUUUCCAGGAGAAGAUACAGCUGUACAGGGUACGUCUUGACGAGUACUUUCGUGUGCUAUCAGACAUCAAGAGCGCUGUAAAUGGCCUCGAUUCCGAUAUGUUCGGCUCCCAGGAGAAUUCGACAGAAUACGCGGAACCAACCAAAACCGGGAUCAAUUCUAUUGUAGCUACGGUAAUCGAAGAAUUCGAGCUAUUCAUGGACAUGGCAGAGCGGGUUGCACAGCUACAUCAACGUGUCAAGGAGCUAAACGGCUCGGGCAAGAACCCUGUCAUUUCGUCAUAG